AUGCACACACCUCGUAUCACCAGAGACACAGAGAGAGGUUCACACAGAGGUCAAACCCCCUACUACGACCCAGCCAGCCAGCCUGGAGAAGAGGUCAAAGGUCAGCCAGCAGGAAGCAGAAACCUCACUCUGCCGUUUUCUCCUCCUUUCUGCAGCGAUGACCUUCCUCCAGACUCACCCUCGGGGGAGGAGGGACAGAGAGAGGGAGAAGGGGAGCCCAAACCCCAGCAGCAUGAGCCCCAAGCCCAGCCCCAACCUGAACCCCAGCCUCAGCCCAAACCCGAGGGCACGAGCGUGGGGGAAGCACAGCAGGAGGUCACCCCCGCAGCCUCCCGCUCACCUAGCGGAGGGGAACUUGAGCAGGAGGAGGGAGAGCGAGGAGAUAAGGCGCAGGAGGAGGAGGAGAUAAAGCAGAAAGAGGUGGUGGAGACGCAGCAGGAGCAGCAGCAUGAGGGAGAGGUGGCAGUAGAGGCUGAGGUGGAGGAGGAGGAAGAGGAGGGGGCAGAGGCCCGGGGGGGAGCGGCGGGGAGGAGGGCCAGCCUGCACCACACAGCUUCCCCCAUGAGGGUGCAGCGCAACGGGGCCUGCUCGCACUCCGCCACCUCCGACUACGAGCUCUCGCUCGACCUCAAAAACAAGCAGGUAGGGUGUGUGGGGGGGUGGGGUGGGGGACGGCUUGGGUUGUACUGUAUGUCUUGUGGUCUUUGUGGUCGUUUGUUUAGGUUCUGUCUGAGGUCAAGGCUGUUUGUUUUGUCUGUUGAGGCUGUUGUUGUUUUGGUGCACCUGGGAUUGUUUGUUUGUUAUGGCUGUUUUUUUGUGGAUUGGCCUCUGCUGGCCUUUGAUUGACAUUAUUUGCCUUUGAAGUUGGCUCUGCAGAUGUUCUUAGGGUGUUUUGGGUUGUUGAGUCUAGCUGUCUUCCUCAUUAACAUGAAUCAUCAUCAUCGCCAUUGUCAUUUUCACCUUCAUUGACAUAACAUGGCUUUUUUAUUUUGAACAGAUGUGGAACGGUGACCUUUCACUGAGGCGGUGUGUGUUUUGUUCUCACAGUACCUUCUGCUGCUGUGUGGCAGCUUGCUGUUUAACGAAUGGCUCACACUGUGUGUCUAAGUGUCUGGGGGGUUUUCAAAUGGAAAAAAUGUAGUUGUUUCCCGCCAACUCUUUCUCUCACUCACACAAUCACACAUUCUCUUGUAUAGAUGAUGCAUCGUCAUGGUAACAUAAUGAAGUAAUAUUCCCGAUGGUGGUUGUACUGCAUGCAUGGACUAAACUCAUGUCUUCUCUCCUGGUCUGUUUGUCUUAUGUUGUUUUCACCUUAACAUCAUAUGUUCAGAGUUGCCAUGUCUAGACUAGAAACUCUACUGUACAUGUAGUAAGUGUUCAGGAAAUCAUCCAUGUGUGAUGGCCAUGCUAACAUACAGAGACCCAUCUCCCUGUUCUGUGUCUCACAACUUAUUUGCAUGAUGUGUGUGUGUACGUGCGUGUGGGCGUGUGGGCGUCUGUACGUGAACUCUGUGUGUGUGUGUGUGUGUGUGCCUGUGCUUGCAUGUGUGUUUGUUGUGUGUGCGUCCGUGUGUGUGUGUGUGUGCCUGUGCUUACCUGUGUGUGUGUGUGUGUUCUCAUCAUCCCAUUCAUCAGAGACGUUGGAUUCAUCAGACACUCAUCUGCAUAUGAGGGGCCUUGACCACCCCAUUCCCAUCCCGUCCUCUGACCUUCAACCAGGUAACCUUUCCAUUCCCAUCUCGUCCACUGACCUUCAACCAGGUAACCUUUCCAUUCCCAUCUCGUCCACUGACCUUCAACCAGGUAACCUUUCCAUUCCCAUCUCGUCCACUGAUCUUCAACCAGGUAACCUUUCCAUUCCCAUCUCGUCCACUGACCUUCAACCAGGUAACCUUUACAUUCCCAUCUCGUCCAAUGACCUUCAACCAGGUAAGGCAACCUUUCCAUUUCCAGCUCUCACACAGAUCAUCAGUCACACCUCAAGACCAAGUAUUGGUUCAGGAAAAUAUUUACACCCCUAGACUUUUUCCACAUUUUAUUGUGUUACAGCCUGAAUUUAAAAUUGAUUACGUUUAUAUUUUGUGUCACUGGCCUACACAAUACCCCAUAAUGUCAAAGUGGAAUUAUGUUUUUAUAAAUUAAUUAAAAAUGAAAAGCUGAAAUGUCUUGAGUCAAUAAGUAUUCAACCCCUUUGUUAUGGCAAGCCUAAAUAAGUUCAGGAGUAAAAAUGUGCUUAACAAGUCACAUAAUAAGUUGCAUGGACUCACUUUGUGUGCAAUAAUAGUGUUUAACAUGAUUUUUAAACGACUACCUCAUCUCUGUACCCCACACAUACAAUUACCUGUAAGGUACCUAAUUUCAAACACAGAUUCAACCACAAUGACCAGGGAGGUUUUCCAAUGCCUCACAAAGAAGGGGACCUAUUGGUUGAUGGAUAAAAAAUAAAAAAAGCAGACAUUGAAUAUCCCUUUGAGCAUGAUGAAGUUAUUGACUACACUUUGGAUGGCAUAUCAAUACACCCAGUUACUACAAAUAUACAGGUGUCCUUCCUAACUUAGUUGCCGAAGAGGAAGGAAACCGCUUAGGGAUAUCACCAUGAGGCCAAUGGUGACUUUAAAACAGUUACAGAGUUUAAUGGCUGUGAUAGGAGAAAACUAAGGAUGGAUCAACAACAUACUAACCUAAAUUACAGAAUGAAAAGAAGGAAGCCUGUACAGAAUACAAAUAUUCCAAAGCAUGCAUCCUGUUUGCAAUAAGGCACUAAAGCAAAACAUUUGUCCUAAGAAAUGAACUUUAUGUCCCGAAUACAAAGUAUUAUGUUUGGGGCAAAUCCAACACAACACAUCACUGAGUACCACUCUUCAUUUUUGGGGGGGAUAAAAAGAAACGGAAUAGAGCUAAGCACAGGCAAAAUCCUAGAGGAAAACCUAGUUCAGCCUGCAUUCCAACAGACACUGGGAGUUAAAUUCACCUUUCAGCGUGACAAUAACCUAAAACACAAGGCCAAAUCUACAUUGGAGUUGCUUACCAAGACGACAUUGACUGUUCCUGAGUGGCCUAGUUAUAGUUUUUACUUAAAUAACCUUGAAAUUCUAUGGCAAAAAUUGAAAAUGGCUAUCUAGCGAUGGUCAACAACCGACUUAGACAGAACUUGAAGAAUUUAAAAAAGAAUAAUGUGCAAAUAUUGUACAAUCCAGGUGUGCAGAUCUCUUAGAGACUUACCCAGAAAGACUCACAGCUGUAAUCACUGCCAAAGGUGAUUCUAACAUGUAUUGACUCAGGGGUGUGAAUACUUAUGUAAAUUAGAUAUUUCUGUAUUUAAUUUUCAAUUUCACCCCUACUCUCCAUCCUCACCCCUAUUUCACCCAUACUCUCCUUCAUCCUCACCCCUAUUUCACCCCUACUCUCCCUCAGCCUCACCCCUAUUUCACCCCUUCUCUCCUUCAUCCUCACCCCUAUUUCACCCAUACUCUCGCUCAUCCUCACCCCAUUUCACGCCUUAAUCACCUUCAUCCUCACCCCUAUUUCACCCCUACUCUCCCUCAUCCUCACCCCUAUUUCACCCCUUAUCACCCUCGUCCUCACCUCUAUUUCACCCCUUAUCACCCUCAUCCUCACCCAUAUUUCACCCCUUAUCUCCCUUACGCUCACCUCGAGUCCUUAUUAAGAUUUAAACCCCCCCACCUCGUCACUCUUUUAAUCUCUCUUGUAAAGAUUAUCUCCAUCACUGCCUCCCUCUCUUUGUGUCAGCAUUGCUUCACAUGUCUGAUGUGUUAGAUUGAUCUUCUGUCCGGAGAGAGGAACCCCAGAUGAGGUUUCAGUCCACAGCCUACGGGUGGAGGAGUAGGGCCUGCCACAGAUUAGCGUCAGAGUGAUGCCAUCACAAGGACGAUACCUUGAUUACUGCAGCAACAGCCCCUAAGGCUGUUUAUACAAUAUGUGCUCACGUAGAGAGUUUUCAUAGGCAAAAUGCCAGAGUAUAUUGUUCACUCUAUAUUUAACGUGAACGUUUUUCAGAGCCAAGAUUUUGCUAUUUGGCUAUGUAAGUAUUGUAAAUUAGUACAAUCAUAGUUAAUCAUGACCAGGACAAAGGUAGUGUUCACAAAAGGCUUUUGAUGUACUCUGAAAUCAAUAUUCCUGUCAUUAGAAUCUCCUUGCUCAAGGAUAAGCUUAACCACCAUGUGAUUUUAUACAAAAUACAUUCACACAGCAUAGCCUGCUCUGUAGGUGGUUUUGGGGGUAGAGAGCUCAUUGCAAGUAAAUCGCGUGGGUCCAAUCAGUCCUGUACAAUAACAUUUGGUCUAAUACCAUUAGUUGUACAAGUAUCCCAGUUGAUAGGCUGGUUGAUGAAGGCUCCCUCUAGUGGCUUUUCCCUGAGUCCCAUUUGUCAAAUUCCCACCAUUUUGUCUCUGGGCCCAUAAUUGCCUUUUUGUGCUGCAGAUUCCUUCUUGAGAAAGCAUUGGAUUUGAGCCCCAUUAAUCAAACUUCAUUUAUUUCUGUAGUGUUUCUCAGCGGCGGGGUGAUGGAUGUUAUCAGGCUGCCUGUGUUCCCACAAAAUCACACUCCAAACCUCCGCCAGAGAGAGGGGAUAUUUAUGAGCAAUACAUCUCACAACGCCAUUAUGGAAAUGCGAGCUAAGUAAUCCGCAUCAACCUAACUUUUCAAGCAUGUUUUUUGGGGGGGGAGGAGAGGCGCUCCACGUCUGAAAGUUCAAUAUGUUUACCCGAGCGUCUUUAAACUGUUGAUGCUUAGAAAUGGGUGGAUUAGCACAUUUUAUGACACCGUCGGCUGGGUAUGCUGAGAGCAGUGAAAACUGAUCGUAUCCCGUCUUCAACACUCUACAACCUGACGGGUUUGCGUUCUAGAGAUUAAAUGUUUUGAGCGACGGGUCGAUGGAAUCCUGUCAAGUCAUUUUUUAUCUUCUGCCAGCUUUUUGCGUCGGUUGAACUGUCACUAUUUAUGCCUUUUGAGAAGUGAACGUAGAAUCUCCAACUUCUUCUCACAAGAAAAGUGAAUAGACCUCAAAGGGUUGAAGUCGAUGCUCAAUAAGUCAACUACUUACUCGACCUCAGUGGUGGCUGCUGAGGGGACAGCUCAUAAUAACACCAUUCCACAUAUCCCGCUCCCAUCCUCCCCAAUUAAGGUGCCACCAACCUCCUGUGCUUGACCUACUGUAGGUUAUUGCUUGACUCUCUUACAUUGUGGGCACCAAAUGCAUCUCCAUUCCUGAUAAACAGUAAGAGCUGUUCUGAUUGGUGCUCUAUUUCUCAGAAUUAGCUGUAGCCCUUUUUAUGUUACAAAGCACAGUAUAACGCCAUAAUCAUGUAAAGUUGACAAUUUUCAUGGUGCAAAAAAACGGACUUGACAUGAAUGAGCUUAUAAUUAGGAGGUAGCAUUAGUCGUGCCCUCUCAACUGUGUGUUUGCUGCAUGCAAAUUGAAUAAUCUGCUAUUUAAACUCUGUGCCAGAGUUCAAUUAGAGGGUGACACUCAUAAAUAUGCAUGGGUCACUAAGGUAAACGUCAAUGAAUACGAUGAACGAACAAAUUCAACUGAGGAUAACUUUUUCUGAACUCAAAAUUAUUCAAAAUCCCUGCAGUGUGUUUAGCUCAUAAUUGACUUCAGGCUGAGUGUGUGUGCGUGUUCAUUUUGUUGUCCACCUGUAUUGUGACAUUUGGUGAGAUGAAGUGAAUGGGUUGCGUGACAGACUGUGAAUGCCAGCUCGUCCUUGGAGACUAUUCACCCAGAUGAAUGCAGCCAGGGAGAAGGCCAAGAGAUACUAUCCAUAGCACAUUUCUCUGAAUAGCCAGAUCUGAUAAGCCAGAACAAAAAAAUAGCACAUAAAAAAACAGAUUGUUCUCCAUAGACAGUCUGACCUUUAAUGUUGGAAACCAUUUUUAUUCGUGGCAUAAACAUCCCCCCCCGAAAAUACACUCUGAAUGCGCUAUUUCUGCAAGCCUCAGGGUAUUAAUAUUUCAGUGGCAAAGAGGCAGAGUCCCAUCUCUCAUACCCAGACUGGUCUUGCUUCAGUCCAUCAGCAGCACCUCCAUACGCUCAUAAAGUCAAAAGCCUGGUUGUGUGUCUGAAUUCUAUCUGCCCUAUAAACUCCACUAGGCUCUCACCCUUUGACCCCCUAGUGUUACGUUCGGUUAUCAAACCAUAUUAUAACCCCAAACGACCAUUUCCCUCAUGUUAGAUCGGUGUUAUCUCAGCUUUUUAGAAAUACAUUUUUCUAAAGAGUUCUCAAAACUUUCUUUCUGUAUGAAAUUCACACAAACUUGACAUUUGACCUUUACUGUGUGUACUCUCUAAUUCCACUGUUUUGGGAUGUCUUUAUACCUGGAAAGGUUUUUGAAAGCUAGCCUUUUCACCUUAUGACUGUUAAUGUUCAUCCCAUCAUCUCACUAUCUCACAUCCCCAUCUCUCCAUCUCCCCUCCCAUAUCAGAGCGCCUGCCUUGGUACUGUUUUGUCGGGAUGUACCAUUUUGUCGGGAUGUUUUUCCCCAUUGUUUCCCGGUGACUUGCGGGAACAUCGGGUCAGGCCGGCACUGAUCCGCCUGUCAAACCCGAUUUGGCAGCCCGGGCGGAACAGAGCGGUGUCAUCUCCGUUCCCUCAGGCCAUGGCGUCCCUGGAAUGAUCUCUCUUCGUCAGCGCAUAGUGAAGUGAUCAGAAGCAGAAUUGACAGCUGGCUCCCUCUCUCGCUGCCUUUCUUUAAUUCCCAACCUCUCCAUUCAUCCAUCUCUUUCCAAUGUCUUCCUAUUUUCCCUUUUCCUGCUUUAUACCUCUACCACAGGGCUCUCCAACCCUGUUCCUGGAGAUCCACCCUCCUGUAGGUUUUCGCUCCAACCCCAGUUGUAACUAACCUGAUUCAGCUCAUCAACCAGCUAAUUAUUAGAAUCAGGUGCGCUAGAUUAGGGUUGGAGUGAAAACCUACAGGACGGUAGCUCUCCAGGAACAGGGUUGGAGAGCCCUGCUCUACCGUAUCUCCAUUGCCCCUCAGUCUACCUCUUUUAGUUCCACUACCCACCUUCCCCUGCCUCCCUCCAUCCCACCAUCUCUCUAUCCUGCUCACCCAGGCUCUCAGUGUCUAAUGGAGAUGGCAGAGUGUAUCAAAGAGAUACAGGCUCAGAUAAAGCUGUGACAUGACCUAUAUUCUUUAUGCACCGUCCCCUACCAACUCAUUCAGAAGGCAAAGCCAAACAAGCCAAACUGCUGCCUUUAAUCAAACGCAGCCCCCUCCAAGCUCCCGGCUCAGAUCCAAGGCUACCUCUGCCUCAGACAUUCUUUCUGUAAUUCGUUUGGACGAGCUACACCUUUCUGAGUGAUGAGUCGUGGUUAUUACCUUAACUCUGUAUUUUUAAGCCUCCCCAUUCUGUCCAGGCGAAGUCAGCAGAGUGACGAAGCUGACUUUGUCAUAUUGAGUGUGUACUCAAAGUUCCAUCUGUCGGAACAUUCCAGAUAGAUAAAAAGUGAUGAAUAUCCAAGGCAAGGCCCGAUCCCGGUAUGCGGGAAAGAGAAAGCGACGUUUUCAAUGUGAGAUGCUGCAGAGAGACUAUAGACUAUAGCUAAAAGUGCCGGGCUCAUUCAGAACGACCUAAAUAUUCUCCCAACAUCUCUUCCCUUUCUCACAGAGGCCUCGCUGCAGUGCAAUGUAAAAGGGAGCCGAUAAGAUGGAUUUCUCAGUGUCAUUUUGGUUUUCUAAAGAGCCUUUCUAAGGGAUAGAGUUCUCCAAAUGACAAUGGGGCGAGAUUGCAUCAUGCUGCAGCCACCCCACUUAUCGCAAAUUGCAAAGCCUAGUGGGCAUUAUUGCCUGGCUAUCUGUUCUUCCCCACAGAAGUCCAUAGGAGGCAGGUGACUUUGUUUGGGACUGCAGAGGGAGAUUUGCGAUCGAAAGUCACACGUUGAUCCCCUGGUGGCCCCGAAAUCCCUUCUAAAACCAUUCACCCAAUUGCCUUUGAGCCACAGGGGGAUAUUUGACGUGAACGGACUUAAUCCUUGUGUCCAUAUCUGUUCCGGAUCCUUUCACCGGCUCAAGUCCUCAACUGAGCAGACACUCAUAUGUCGGAAACCUAGUGGCAAGAUGGAGAAUAGCACCACAUUCUCUAUGUUCUCAGAGAGCAUUGGAGAGAUCAACCCAUAGGAGAGUGUAAAGGGUUGACCCAGUUAGUUUAACUGAAGAAGGUAUAACUGACACAUCCAUAGGCCAGAGAUUGCCACAGCCAUCAAAUACAAAGAAACUCAAGAAAUAUAUAGAAUUCUCACAGCUCUCAGAGAUGUUCAGACUCUGAUUGUUCUGUGAAGAGAGUAGGGAAAGGUUCCAUACGUUAUUUUAUCCCUUCCCAAAUCAAAUCAGAACUGCCUCAGUUCUGUCUUCUAUCUUUAUCUCACAGUCAUUUAUUUCCAGGCCCAAUUAAUAGCUUUCAGAUGAUUCAGUGUAGUAGAGAGAGAAGUGUGCAUCUCAAUCGCACCCACAGAUAGUGGUUCUGAUUAAUUGAAGGCAAUGAACGGUUUGGCCACACAGAUAUAACGCAGACAGUAACACGUUUUUCUCCCUCUCCUAAAUAUGCCUUUUUUCUGCCAAGAUCAUUUACUAUCAGCAUAUCUUGCUGAAGACCCUAUCCCUGACCCCACUCUACUAUAUAACACCAUGCUGCUGAAGACCCUAUCCGUGACCCCACUCUACUAUAUAACACCAUGCUGCUGAAGACCCUAUCCGUGACCCCACUCUACUAUAUAACACCAUGCUGCUGAAGACCCUAUCCGUGACCCCACUCUACUAUAUAACACCAUGCUGCUGAAGACCCUAUCCGUGACCCCACUCUACUAUAUAACACCAUGCUGCUGAAGACCCUAUCCGUGACCCCACUCUACUAUAUAAACCAUGCUGCUGAAGACCCUAUCCGUGACCCCACUCUACUAUAUAACACCAUGCUGCUGAAGACCCUAUCCGUGACCCCACUCUACUAUAUAACACCAUGCUGCUGAAGACCCUAUCCGUGACCCCACUCUACUAUAUAACACCAUGCUGCUGAAGACCCUAUCCGUGACCCCACUCUACUAUAUAACACCAUGCUGCUGAAGACCCUAUCCGUGACCCCACUCUACUAUAUAACACCAUGCUGUCUCUAUAAGCUUGGCACAUCUAGCCACUGGGAUUUUUGCCCAUUCUGCAAGGCAAAACUGCUCCAGCUCCUUCAAGUUGGAUGGGUUCCGCUAGUGUACAGCAAUCUUUAAGUCAUACCACAGAUUCUCAAUUGGAUUGAGGUCUGGGCUUUGACUAGGCCAUUCCAAUAAAUUUCAAUGUUUCCCCCUAAACCACUCAAGUGUUGCUUUAGCAGUAUGCUUAGGGUCAUUGUCCAGCUGGAAGGUGAACCUCCAUCCCAGUCUCAAAUCUCUGGAAGACUGAAACAGGUUUCCCUCAAGAAUUUCCCUGUAUUUAGUGCCAUCCAUCAUUCCUUCAAUUCUGACCAGUUUCCCAGUCCCUGCCGAUGAAUAACAUCCCCACAGCAUGAUGCUGCCACCACCAUGCUUCACUGUGGGGAUGGUGUUCUCAGGGUGAUGAGAGGUGUUGGGUUUGCGCCAGACAUAGCGUUUUCCUUGAUGGCCAAAAAGCUCAAUUUUAGUCUCAUCUGACCAGAGUACCUUCUUCCAUAUGUUUGGGGAGUCUCCCACAUGGCUUUUGGCAAACACCAAACAUGUUUGCUUAUUUUUUUCUUUAAGCAAUGGCUUUUUUCUGGCCUCUCUUCCGUAAAGCCCAGCUCUGUGUAGUGUACUGCUUAAAGUGGUCCUAUGGACAGAUACUCCAAUCUCUGCUGUGGAGCUUUUCAGCUCCUUCAGGGUUAUCUUUGGUCUCUUUGUUGCCACUUUGAUGAAUGCCCUCCUUGCAUGGUCCGUGAGUUUUGGUGGGCGGCCCUCUCUUGGCAGGUUUGUUGUGGUGCCAUAUUCUUUCCAUUUUUUAAUAAUGGAUUUAAUGGUGCUCCGUGGGAUGUUCAAAGUUUUUUUUUAUAACCCAACCCUGAUCUGUACUUCUCCACAACUUUGUCCCUGACCUGUUUGAAGAGCUCCUUGGUCUUCAUGGUGCCGCUUGCUUGGUGGUGCCCCUUGCUUAGUGGUGUUGCAGACUCUGGGGCCUUUCAGAACAGGUGUAUAUAUACUGAGAUCAUGUGACAGAUCAUGUGACACCUAGAUUGCACACAGGUGGACUUUAUUUAACUAAUUAUGUGACUUCUAAAGGUAAUUGGUUGCACCAUAUCUUAUUUAGGGGCUUCAUAGCAAAGGGGGUGAAUACAUAUGCACGCACCACUUUUCCAUUAUUUAUUUAUUUUUAAGUUAUUUUAUUCAUUUCACUUCACCAAUUUUGACUAUUUUGUUUAUGUCCAUUACAUGAAAUCCAAAUAAAAAUCCAUUUAAAUUACAGGUUGUAAUACAACAAAAUAGGAAAAACGCCAAGGGGGAUGAAUACUUUUGCAAGGCACUGUACAUGUUCAGGUUCAUGUCCAUUUGCAUUAGACCCUAUCUAUGUCAUUGUGUUUCAAUGGUCGUCAUGGUCACCUCUUGUCAUUUGGAGUAACUGUAGCCUUAUUUGAGUGGAACAUAAAGGAGGGUAUUUUAUACUAUCUCAUUCAUUAGUCCAUUGUGUUUUUGGCCAUUUAAAGAAGAGGUAUUCAGGGCAUGUCUUUCUGAAUGUGGAUGCUGGUGCGUAGAGACAGCAUCUUGUUCAUCUUGAGGGAGAACCGAGUGCUAAGUGGUAUUUUUUAUGUGCUUUGUGUUUGUGUUUUCUCCCAGCUUUUAUUUUUUGCCUACAUUGAAAUCCCCUCUUCAUGUCAUAGAAUGUUUUGUUACCCAACUUCCUUGUACUGUCAUCUGCUGCAUGUAGCAUUCAAAUAUCCAAGCAGCCCAGUUUCACUCAUACCUCUCCUGUCUCCCUCUCCUCCGUGUUUUCCAGAUCGAAAUGUUAGAGCACAAAUACGGCGGCCACCUCAUCUCCCGCCGCGCCGCAACCAAGAUCCAGACCGCCUUCCGCCAGUACCAGCUCAGCAAGAACUUCGAGAAGAUCCGCAACUCCCUACUGGAGAGUCGCCUGCCGCGGCGCAUCUCCAUGCGCAAGGUGCGCGUGCAGAACGCUGAGGGCUUCUCCGCCGAGCGGGCGCUGGCCGAAGGCUGCAGCCUGGCAGGUAUCCCCCUGGUGCGCUCGCCAUCACUGCCCGCCACAGUGGGCGGCACCCUGACCGACCUGGAGGACUCAUUCACAGAGCAGGUGCAGUCGCUGGCCAAGUCCAUCGACGACGCACUCAGCAACUGGAGCCUGAAGACCAUGUGCUCCCUCCAGGAAGGAGGGGCCUACCAGUUCAGUGCCGAGUCCUUCAGUGCGGUCGGGGCCGGGGGAGGAGGGGAGGUGGGAGGAGGAGGGUUGGACCAGGCUUUUCUCCAGAGCAUGUCAGGUGGGGAGAAUCCAGGCGACCUGCCCCGCAGCGCCAGCAAGCUGCUGAUGGCCUUCCGCGACGUGACCGUUCAGAUCGACAAUCAGAACUUCCGCAUGUCCUCCUCCGUCAUGGAAUCAUCGGCCUCUGUCUCCAUGGGAAACUGCGUCCAGCAGCAGCAGGGGGGCGCAGCCACCACCCCCACCACGCCCACCGCUACCCCGCCAUCACCACCUAAAAAGCCCUCCCCUCCUCCCCCUGAAGAGGUCCCCACCGAACCCACAGACCCUCCUGUCCCUCCCCAAGAGUCCCCGCCGCCCCAGGAACUAGUGAUAGAAGGAGACGGGCAGGACGCCGACUUCCCUGCGCCCCCGCCCAGUGAAGAGGAGCUGGAGGAGGAGGAGGGCCAGCAACCCCCCUUAACCCCCCUGGACAAACUAGCCAACCCCCAGACCCCGGAGGUGGUUGUCCAGCCCGUCCAGCCACCUCAACCCCAGGAUGGUGCACCCUCGGUGGGAUCCCCAUCCACCGAGGCCCUGGAAGCCAAGCGGAGAGGCUCGGAGACGGCUGAAACCAGUUCAGAGCAGAUAAGCAGCAGUAACAGCACAUCCACGGAGGCGCGCUCGGCAUCGGAGGCCUCAUCCAAGGAGGCUCUGCAGGCCAUGAUCCUAAGCCUGCCGCGCUACCACUGCGAGAACCCGGCCAGCUGCAAAUCGCCCACGCUCUCAACCGACGUCAUGCGCAAGCGCCUCUACCGCAUCGGCCUCAACCUCUUCAAUGUGUGA